GAGAAGAAAAAAAAACACAACAAUCCAAAUCAGAAAGUGUAUUAGUGAUCUCUAAAUUUGUCCGAAGCCAUGUAUCAACAACCCUCCAAGACAUACCAAGCGGCGACGACGACAGUGUUUUGGGACAUUGAUGAUCGCCCGAAACCAGAUGAUAUCCAAUUUGAUGAUAUCCCUGCACACUUUAGGCAGACCUUGGGGAACCUUAUGCGUUUACGGGGUACAAUCUCUAUCAAUGCUUAUGGUGAUGCACAAAGGAUCAUGGGUGGCCGAAAACGUCCAAACGGAAUCAACUUCAAUCAAGUACGCUCAGGAGAUAAAGAUGGGAGACUUCAAAAGAUUUUGGUGGAUUCUCUAUUUUGGGUGAUUGAUCAUCCUGAACCAUCAAAUUUGGUGCUUAUUGUGGGAACUAUCUCAGAAGACUCGGAUUUUGUCAAGGCUCUCUCGUCUUUGAGAGGGAAAGACUGUCAUGUUUUUUCACAGAAAGCUGAAAAGCAAGGAGUUCUACUUUCACCUAACGCUUGGACCAACGUUAACGUUCUUGGAAGAGAUGGAUACAUGGCUAAUAACUUUCUCGUUUGCGGUGGAGUACUGAUAUAUCAUGGUUUUUUAGAUUUUUAACCAUGAUACAAGUGUGCUUUUUUGAGUAUUUUCAUUUGUUUCUAGGAUUGUUUUUGAGUCUUUACAGGUUAUUUAGGAAUUUGGCACGGAAGGAGCAAAGUGGAGCUAUUUGGAUGACUUUAGAGCAUUUUACGGAAGGAAAAGAACUUGGACUCGGAUCAGAGUAGCAGUGUUGACCGGCACCGAAGGAGCAUCGGUCGACACCUAUGUUUAUCCGACGAGAGAAAGAAGAAAUUG